UUCGCUGUGUUGUCAUGCCUGAACCAGCGAAGUCCGCCCCGAAGAAGGGAUCUAAGAAGGCCGUCACGAAGGCCGCCGGUAAGGGAGGAAAGAAGCGCAGGAAGUCUAGGAAGGAGAGUUACGCUAUCUACGUGUACAAAGUCUUGAAGCAGGUUCAUCCUGACACCGGUAUCUCCUCCAAGGCGAUGGGCAUCAUGAACUCUUUCGUCAAUGACAUCUUCGAGCGCAUCGCCGGUGAGUCGUCUCGUCUCGCUCACUACAACAAGCGCUCCACCAUCACAUCGAGAGAGAUCCAGACCGCCGUGCGUCUGCUGCUGCCCGGUGAACUGGCCAAACACGCCGUGUCUGAGGGGACAAAGGCCGUCACCAAGUACACCAGCUCCAAGUAAAGUGUGACAAGAAACCUCAACCAAAGGCUCUUUUAAGAGCCAACCAUGUUAUCGCUUAAAGAGAUUCAUCAUACAUUCAUAACUUUUUGUCUACAUUAUACAGAUUAGUUUCCAGUCAGGAUUAAUCUUAUUCGACACGUAGUUCUCCAUCAAUGUUGUUUAAGUAGUGUAUUGAUGUUAACCACCAGCAGGAUUGGAUGUUUGCAAAUAUUAAAUUGGAUUAAAUAUUUUCUUAAAUGUGAAAUCUUAAUAUUAAAAUUAUGUACCUGCACAUAAUUGUAUGUUGUACUCUGCUGUUAAAUAAAAAUCUGCAGAAUUUAUUUUUCAAACACUAAGUACAGUUAUUUACAUUAUUCAAUAGAGGACCAAAUGAGAAAAUGUAUCCAUUCCAAAUUAAUGUAAUAUUGCAGCAUGAAAUCAUUAAAAGUAUC